UCUAUCUGUCUGUCUAUCAGUUUCUACCAUAGUUUCUUUUCUCUCUCUCUCCCUCUCUCUAUCUCCCUUCCUCUCUCCUUUUCUCUCUGUAUAUCUACCUAUCAAUCUCUCUAGCUAGCGAACUCUCUACGUGGAAAUGGUUUCUAUUCCUUGUCAGGAACGGGCGGAUCAUAUGAUAUUUCACAUAUGCUAAAUUGUCAGCAACAAAAGAAGAUAACAUUUAUAAUUUAUUUUAUUCAUAUAACAACAAAAAUAAUCUCAACAACAAAUUGAGGGGUGUAGAAAAAGAAGUAUAAAAAAAAACAAAAAUCCAAAAUGAGAGAAACAAUUUAAUGAAAUGAUUGAAGCAGACGAUAAUUUAAAAUUAAAUGAAACAAAGGAAGAAACAAAAUGAAAACGGGCCUUUACAGGUAUUUGUGGGAGUGUAAGAGUGUGAGUUUGAGUGUGAGUGUGUGAGUGGCCCUGAAGAGAUUUAGAGUGUGAGUGUGAGUGAGUGAGUGGCCCUGAGGAGAUUUAGAUCUAUACUUUCACUUAUAAACAUACAUAUAUAUUUACAUAUAUUACGAGACACACAUACGUACAUGCAUACACACCUACAUGUAUACAUACUUCAAUACACACACACGCAUAGACCCAUACAUGCAUACAUAUACAUAAAUUAUUGAAUUUCUAAAUGGACACUAAGAUCUUAAGUAAGUGCAGGUAGGGAGGAGAGAGAGUUUACAGCUUUACAAAAAGACGCAUUGUUGAAGCGAGAAGUGUUGCACACCUCCAGAGAAACAAACAGGCGAGUUCUUGAAGAAAACUCGCUGUAUCUGUCUCUAAUAACAGAGAGAGAUUUUUCCUGUUUCCCUCACAACAUUAUAUUUCUAUGCUUCUCUUUGCAACUUGUUGAUAACUUGGAAGCGAAAGACUCUGUGAAAGGAUUAACGACACACACACGGAGUAAGUUCACUGGAUUUAAAAACAACACAGAAAAAAAAAAUUUAAAAAAGCAAAAAUAUAUUGAAAACCCUAACAAAUUCCAGCAGUCUUAUUCCACUUGAUGCAACUAUAGCCUUUUUCCAUGCGACGAACACAUCAUGGGAUCCGAUCAGCAAGAGAACAAAGACACAGCUGUGGUUUCCGGCAAUAAUAGGAAUGCAGGAAACAGUAAGAAGAGCGGCUGUUUUGGCUGCUGUUGUAAGAAAGAACCAGCAUCUAAAGAAGAACAAAAGAUACCUAAAAGAGGUUUCGGACAAAAAUGCCGAAGCUGUGGACUUAAAUUUGUUGCUUUCCUUUUCUCUCAUAUUGGACUGACUUGUCUAGUGGCAGGUUAUUCUAUUUUGGGAGGUUAUGUAUUUAUGAAAAUCGAAAAACCUUUCGAGGUUACUCAAAGAUCAAAUGUCGGUAAAAUUAGAAGAUUAGCAGUAAGCCGAUUAUGGAAUUACACAGAGAACCUCAAUAUCCUAAAAGAAGAACACUGGAAGCAGAAAGUUGACGAAAAAUUAAAAUAUUUUCAGUUGGAAAUCUUCAAAGCUGUCAAAAAUGAAGGCUGGGACGGAACUGAUGAGGUUUCUCCAGAUUAUGAGGGCCAAUGGUCAUUCAGCGGAGCCUUACUUUAUUCUGUAACGGUCAUCACAACUAUAGGUUAUGGCCAUAUCGCACCAAAAACAGUUUGGGGACGUCUAGCUACGAUUGCUUAUGCGGUGUUCGGUAUACCUCUAACGUUAUUAUGUCUCGCGAAUUUGGGUAAUCUGCUUGCCAGUUGCUUCCGCGUGUUCUACUACCAAGUGCUCUGCUGUCAAUGGUGCAAAAAGACUAAAACAAAAAAUAGAACACCAGCAAUUCGAUCCGAAAUGGCUCCUACUUACGUACAGUCAGGAAACUUAAAUAUGGAAAACAGUGAAUCAGUUAACAGCACCUUUAUAGAUGGCAGUAACGUAACUCCAAGAGACACAGUGGUCUAUUCCAUUGAUGAAAGUCCCGAAAACGAAACCAGAAAUAUACCAGUGGUUGUGACUCUUUUAAUAAUGACUGGUUACAUAUUGUGUGGUACUUUAUUAUUUACAAUGUGGGAGAAAGAUUGGAAUUACGUGGAAGGUUCUUACUUUUGUUUCAUUACUCUCAGUACCAUAGGUUUUGGUGAUUUCGUGCCAGGCUCAAGUUUAGAUUCAUGGCACAACCAAAGUAAGCAGAUAAUCUGCUCAGUGUAUUUACUUUUUGGACUGGCUCUAGUUGCUAUGUGUUUCGAACUGAUGCAGAAUCAAGUUCGUGAAACUUUCACAAGACUUGGGAGAAAGCUGGGCAUUAUAAAAUCAAACAGAUAAAUGAGAGAAUAACGAAAUAAGAGAAUAAGUGUUCGAUAUAUUCAGAUUAUUCUCAUUCCAGCUUAAGAUCUCGCAACUUCCACAUAAAGUGUUAUAUUUUGAAAUUCUUAUAACUACAUCAAUUGGUAUGGUGGCAGUGAAUGAUGAUAUAAAUUGCAUGAAUACAAUAAAUUUGGAAAAAAAAAGUAUGUUAUGAAUAGUAAAUAUUUAUAUUUUACAAAACGCAUACAUUUAUGAAAUCUAAUCAGAUUUUAUAUAAAAUCAAAGUUGUUUUCUCAUUUUACAUGUUCUGCUCGAGAAAAAAUUCAAGACCGAUUGCUUUUUUAAAAUUCUAAUGAAACUUUGCAAAUUUAUUAAAAUCAUUUGUGGUGUGCACCACAAUACAUUACAUCAUUGGAACACACCAUGAAAAGUACGACAUCGUGGAAUAUAUUUAGGGUAGGCUAGCCUGUUGGAUGUCAUAUCUUCCUCUUACCCUCCCUCUACAAGUAGCUAACGAAAUACUCGUAAAAAAAAUGCUCCUGUUGCAUACUACUGGGAGCUUCAAGUUCCUGCUGAACUUGUUUAAAAUAGGUGAAUACGUCAGCGAAAUGUAAGUGUCAUGGAUGGAGAUACUUCACAAUGCCAAUGUCAAGAUACAACUCGUUGACUCACAUACGCAUACAUAUUCAGCUAUUAUUCAGUCAUUAUAAUGACAUUCUAUCAACAUGUUCAGUUACGAUUGUCUCUGAGUGAAAAUGAAAAGAAUAAUAAGAAAAUAUUUAUCAGUGAUAUCAAUAUCAAUAAUAACGAUAGCUUAC